AUGUUGCCCACACCAGACACCUCGCAUGUUUCCUUCGACACCAUCUAUGAGCCUGCCGAGGACUCGUAUCUCUUCCUCGACACGCUCGCUUCAGCCUCAGAGUCUAAGUGGCUGUCUGGACGAUUUCAGAAAAAUAACAGCACAUCAUCAGAUUCUUCAUCCAACUCCGUACCAUUAAUCGUGGAGGCUGGCACGGGAUCCGGCGUGGUGCUAGCUUUUGCAGCAGCGCAUUCGGAACAAAUCUUCGGACGAAAGGAUAUCCUCACGUUGGGAAUAGACGUGAACAGGAAUGCUUGUAUAGCAACUACAGAAACCGUUUCAACGGCUAUCAAGACCGAGCAACAGAAGCCAGAAUCUUCGGCCACAGACACCACCACCAGCCCGAAUCUGCAGACGGUCCACAUCUCUUCUAUCACAAGUGAUCUCUGCACGGCGCUGCGCCCGGGAAGCGUAGACGUCCUUCUUUUCAACCCUCCUUACGUUCCAACAGAGGAGCUGCCUCGUCUGCCAACAGCAUCAGAGAAUGAUCCUACAAUGUCACUAUCCGUGUCUCGUUCUGCCAAGUUUGAGAGCGACUCCUACUUCUUGUCGCUGACGUAUGCGGGCGGCGCAGAUGGUAUGGAGACGACGAACCGGUUACUUGACGCUAUACCCGGCAUUCUGUCUGAUCGUGGAGUGGCUUAUGUGCUUCUUUGCAAACAGAACCGGCCUGAUGAGGUGAAGGAGCGGAUUCGCGCCUGGGGUGGUUGGAACGCUGAGACUGUUGGGUCGAGUGGUAUGCAGGCAGGGUGGGAGAAAUUAGUCAUUGUUCGCAUAUGGAGGCAGGAAAAUUCUUAG